GGCAAGUUUCCUUCUGCCGCGCUUCACUUUCAAAACUAUGGCUGGUUUUAGAGUCACGCUGACCGUCAGCGCUGACAGCCGAAAUGUAUGAAGCGUCGGCGCCGAGCGAUCAGCGUCACUCAGGAACUUUCCCUUCAAUUACAUACAUAUUGAUCUGUCAGCGCCGAAGAUCAGCGAGCAGUCAGCGCGAUACUAAAACCAGCCUAUAGGUAUUAGGGCAAGUGUGGUAUCAUUUUUGGAUAAUUCAAGGAUGGCAGAUUCAUUUCGUUCAUUUCAUUGAGCACAAUAAAAUUCACAAAAAGUAAAAAGUAUUUUUUUAAACCACUGGUGAUAAUCUAAUAAAAUAAAGAUAAUUAUGUCCUGAAAGCUACAUUUAUCAGGAUUAUAAUAUAGGUAUAUAAACAAAAUAAAACAUUUUCAUAACCGACUAAGUGACAUUAUAAGACUUUCGUCAUCAGAACUCUCAGCCCAUUUUAACGCGAAAAUUCAAACUGUUAUUUCUGGGAAUGCCGGGUGGCUCAUGCAAAAUGAUUUCAGAAUUUAGUGGAGUUUUAAAUCCGCCCCUGCUUCGCACAGGCACAAUCAUCAUUACCAUCAUUUCAGCCACAGGACGUCCACUGCUGAACAUAGGCCUCCCCCAAUGACUUCCACAUCGCACGGUUGGUAGCAGUCUGCAUCUGCGCCUUCCUGCUUCCUUUAUCAGGUCGUCGGUCCACCUUGUGGGUGGACGUCUCACGCUGCGUUUAUAACCUGCCGCAGCGUAUGGAUGUGGUCUAUGAUACUAUAACCUUUCCGGAAACUGGCUUGUUCGGAAGGCUGGAAAUCAUGGCUCAAAAGUGAGAUGGGUCUGUAAUUCUUCGGUAAAAGUGUUAUCUCCUUUCUUGAAGCAGAGCACCACCACGCUUCUGUUCCAUGCCUCUGGCGUUAUUCCCUCGAGUAAGACGGAGUUGAAGAGCCUCUGAAGGACCUUCAGUAUCGGUGUACCACCCGCGUUCAGAAGCUCCGAGGUUAUUCCGUCAUCAUGUCACCGGCUUUAGUUCGUUUACGGAGCUUCUCAUUUCUGAUUCGAUCUCGUAAAGAAACACUAAGCACAGCCCUCUUCAUAGCACGUUGUGCGACUUUAAGAGGCCAUGUUUCCGAGCCGUAUAUCAUCACUGGUAACACACACUGAUUGAAGACUUUCGUCUUUAAGCACUGAGGUAUUUUGGACGAAAAGAUGUUGUGUAGUUUCCCGGAAGCGGCCCAGCCGAGUAAGAUUCGUCGAUUUACCGCUUUCUCGAAAUUGAAUCUACCUAGCUGAAUCGUUUGUCCGAGGUAGACAUACUUGUCAACAAUCUCGAGAAUCGAGCUCCCAAGCGAAAACAGGUAGGGUGCAACAUGGUCAUAAGCUUCGUUUUGUCCAUGUUCAUCCGAAGGCCUACCUGUUGGGAGAUUCGAUUAAGGUCUUUGAGCAUUGUGCCGAGGUCUUCCAGCGACUCCGCCCUAGCACGUAAAACUGAUGGCCGAUGGGGCAGCAAGGUUCUGGAGUGGAAGCCACGUACCGGAAACCUUCCGAUAUUACAUGCCCUAAUCAGAACCGAAAGUAUUUUCUAAAAUCGGUUUUUCGGUAAUCAUUGCCGAUUUUCCGUGGUUUUCAGUUCAUACGGUGUUGGACAUCUAUAAAGUUCCGUGUGCAGUUUUUGGUCUGCCAUAGGACGCAUCUCCGGGUUGUGAAUAGGGAAACGCCCUCCAGUCACCGGGGGGCCUACUAGUUUACCAGCGCAGACAGAAACCCAAGCGCGGCAGAUCUCUCGGUGAGCCUGUCGGGCAACCUGUAACCCACAAUUUGAGUGAACAGGGGGCCGUCGAGGCAUUUGCCCGAACUACGAUGCAGGGGACAUCUUUAAAAACCUUCACAGGUGGGGGCUGGCGGGCUUUGUGGCAGGUUUGGCGGUCAUAGCUAGUUUUAACAUACUUGUAAUAAAUUGUAAUCUAUUCUACAUGGGGUUCUUUAAUAUAUAUAUACGCAUAAUUAAAAACAUUGCAUGUUCCAUAAAUCUCUUUCACAAAAGGUCGAUGUGCGAUUUUCCAUGCCAGGCACUGUAUCCAUCAUCCAGCAGUUUCCCAUUUGGAAAAAACAAUUUCAAAUGUAGGAUGUAGGUAUUUUUUAUAAAUAACAACUACUUGAAUAACUGUAUCGAUAUCUCUCUUUAAGGACCUAUGUGAGUUGAAUCACGGACUGUACUAAGGUACAUUAUCUGCAUUCAUUACAAACGAACGAUGGAAAUGAUGGAAUCUAUAUUUUGUGUAAAUUGUGGCUCAGCUAGUGGCUCUAUGGUGCUGGAAGAUGAACAGAUUCUUCACUGCAUUCAACAAUGGAGGGCUCCACUUUCGGUGCAGCCUCAUGAUUUAAUAUGUACGACUUGUUGGACUGAAGCCAGUCAAGCAACUACAAACUCGAGCUCAGGUGGGAGGAACUGUGCUCUUUGUAAAGUGGUUUUGCCACCUCGUAAACGAUCACAUCAAUUAAUUGCAUUGAGAACAGAUACUGAACAUCAUGUGAAAAUCAGAAACAUUAUCUUGGAAAGACUUCUACCAUUGCAGGUUCGUGCAUCACAUCACAUUUGUCAUCCUUGUUGGCAAAGAGCUGACAGAUCUGCAAAACAUUAUUCAUUGCCAUCAUCAUCAAGGGAUACUGCAGCUUCAGGCGUACCAUUGAGAUGUAUUAACUGUAAUAUUGAUGUGACCCGAUUGAGACGACAUGUUUUAGUAGAAAAUAAUGCAAUCCUGUUACAAGUACAACAACAGAUUACACCAAGAGUGGCUACUUCAGCUGACUUCAUUUGUGAUGCAUGUCAUACAUUGAUAUCUGAAAGAUUAAGUGCUGCAACAGCCUCAGAAGAUACUACUCCCAUUGUGGGUCACCAAAACAUUUGCAUAAUAUGUGGUCGAUCAUUGUUUAAUGCUCGAAGUCACGAUUUGCAAGAAGAAGUCUAUCGCCACAUUUCACACGUUGUUCAAAAUUGGGUUCAACCUCGUCAGCUUCAACCGUCAGACCGCGUAUGUCAUAGAUGUUACCAGCGAGCAGAGGCCGCUUUGAAUGAAACAAGAGCUAAUAAUGUUCCACAACUUGAUAGAAUUAUACUACAAAAUUACUCAAGAGCUCCUUAUACACAUGCACGCUGCAUGUUUCCAACCUGUACCAGUACAUCUCAACAAGUCGUUCCACAUAUGUUACGAGUAAGGCUUUUUAGUGACCACAAAUACUAUAUUCCACGAGAUUGUCGCAUAUGCAGCUUCCAUUUAGAAAGACAGGAAUGGUUACAAUUGUUUGAAGAAACUUCAAAUCACUGUUUUACAGCUGCAUAUAUUGAAGAUUUUUGUGAAUUACUAAAAAGUGAUAAAAACACAAUUACUUUUAAUGAUAUUGAUGGGAUGGAUGAAAAUCUAUUUUAUUAUUGGUUGGGACAUACAAAACAGCAAUUCAGAGACUUAGAAGCAGAAUUGCCUGAAUUCCGAAACCGUGCUACAGCACUUGGUGCAUACUUAAUGAAAUUACGAACUGGAGAUUCAGACGAAAGAAUUUCCACAUUGUUGAAUAUGAGUAGAACGACUUUAACAAAGCUAUUAAAUAAAGCACGAGAUGUUAUGACAGAGCAUUUCGUUCCGCAACAUUUAGGACUUCAACAUAUAUCGAGAAACCAAAUUGCCGAAAAGAAUCUAUAUAUUCCCAAUGCCUUAUUCGGAAACCCAGGAAGUAAUAUUGAAGAUAGAAAGGCAAUUGUAAUAAUGGAUGGCACAUAUAUAUAUGUACAAAAGAGCUCCAAUUAUUCUUAUCAAAAAAAGACGUAUUCUUUGCACAAGUACCGGAACCUGGUCAAACCGUUCCUCAUUGUAUGCUGCGAUGGUUAUAUUGUCGACGUGCUAGGUCCGUUUCCUGCAACGAAAUCAGACGCUGACAUAUUAAAAGAUGAGGUCAGGGACCCUUCACAACCUCUACGACAGUAUUUUAAAGAAGGAGAUAUAUUUAUUCUUGACAGAGGAUUUCGAGACUGUAUUCCGAUUUUAGAAAACCUACAUUAUUCGGUGCAUUACCCUCUAUCACUAGAAUCGGGGGAAUACCAAAUGAAUACUGAAAAUGCCAAUGAGUCCCGUAAAGUUACUCUCUGUCGAUGGGUCGUAGAGGUUGUGAACGGGAGAUUCAAAAGAGACUUUAAAUUGCUACGGCAGGAUUAUUUUAACAAAGCGUCGAAACAUUUAAUGGCCGAUUUUAAAGUAGCAGCAGCUCUAAUUAACAGAUUCCAUCCACUUUUAGUAGACAGAGAUGACGCUAGAGAAAUCGUCUCAGUUAUUCAAGAAAAAAUAUUUACAAAUAAUACGUUGGCAGAAUUUGUGGAAACCAAUAAUUUAAAUCGAAAGAGGGCUAAUUUUGAAAGCAUAACCGUUCAAAUAAAUAACCUCAAUAAUUUUCCACAACUGGAAUAUAGCGAUUUAAUUUUGAUAUCGUUAGGCGUAUAUCAAAUUAAACAAGCGAGAUCUUACUAUGGGGAGCAUAUUCGCCAAGACGGAAACUAUAUUAUAGAAGUUUGUCGGGAGGUUGACCGACAGUUGGUCACUGAAUUACAUUUGCUUCAUUCUGAAAAUGUUUGGCUACUGAGGGGAAAAAUACACAGCCGCCACAUCAGUCACAAAACUUAUUUUGUUUAUGUUUUGGUUGACGGAUCAGAAAUUGGGACAUACGCAAUUAAGCAAUAUUGCUGCAAUUGUGUUGUUGGGCGCAGAACCAUAGGUUGCUGCGCCCAUGUAAUGACCAUUAUAUGGUAUUUAAGUUGGGCCCGAUUCCAAGAGAAUCUAAACCCCCCGGCACAGUUUUUGGACGACAUUUUGCUUCAAAAUAUUGAUGAAAUGCAAAAUGAUAGUAUUUAGUUAUUUUUAUAUAUAAAAACCACAAAUAUGUAAGUGUAGUUUUUUCAUCUCGGCUUUAGGCUAAGAACUCACGGCGCGAUUACGUUUGUGUUUUUUCAUCUCGGCUUUAAGGCUGCGUUUCUACCAGACAUGUGCGAGGAUACGUAGCAAAGAAUGUGUUUGUAAAGAAUCAAUAGAAUCGAUUCAUUUACCUCGAGGUUGUUUACAACACAUCCCUCGCUACGCAUCCUCGCACAUCUCUGGUGGAACGCAGCCUUAAAGCCGAGAUGAAAAAACACAAACAGGUAAAAAUAACUAAAUACUAUCAUUUACCUCUGCUAUUGGUUCGAUUCGAUUCUGUUGGUUCUUUACAAAUACAUCAUCUGCCGUUUGGUGUAGUGAUUCGGAACGGACUACUAUGCCGAGAGGUCCCGGGUUCGAUUCCCGGCCGGGCAGAAAUUGAAAUAAUGACUCUUAAUUUCUGUGACAGGUCAUGGUGUUACCAUGUAUAAUAUGUGUAUUAAAAAAGUAUUAAAGCAGAAUAUCCGUUAAGCUAGCAUCCAAAACACAAGCAUAUUAGUUGUUUACUUGUGGCAAGAUAGCGCUGUGUGAAAUUGUCCAAAGAUAUUAUUAAGAUAUUAAGUAUAUCCCCCUUACUUUCCUUACACAUCUCUGGUGGUUACGCAGUUCGAGGGCUGGUAUAAGAUCAGCUACGGGCAUGGCCAAGUAACUGACCCACAUUGUUAUAAAAAUAUUUUUAUUACGAUGGGCCCACUGAGGCAUCAUGCUCAUCUUGAAGGAAACGCGUACUAUUCGGCAAGUGUUUAGUAUAGCUGCUUUUUGCGUUGUGAUUUAAGUAACUAUUUUCCGGAAGAUCGAUAAGUUUUAGGCUAUGGUUUAAGUAUUUAGGUAUGACACAUUUAUUUUUGUUAUUAUUAAUAAAUAUACUUAUUCGCAA